AAUGUUUAGCCCAAGUGUUGUUUGUUGAGCGACUGUUCGACUUUUCAUGAUGUUAUAGUAGUCGGCUGAUGGCACUGUGUUGAUUUUCUGUGGACGAACAAGUCAUAGUCAAGGCUCGACCUGAUCGGAAUUAAAAGAAAACAAAACUAUCUUAGCAAACAGCCCAUUGUGGUUUUACUGUGUGCUUUCACUGCAUAAUUGAGCCCAGCUCUGUGCACCUUGGAAAUUGCUUGUGACUCGAUUUCCAGAGAGCUCCUGGUUGGACGACAAUGGUGUUGAGGAGACAAGCAACAGUAGUUCAAGCUCGACAGCUACUCAAUGCCAUUGCGUAUAUCAAGCAACAGAAACAAAUCCCCAACUUGGAGCGCAUCACGCGCUACAUGCAGCGAGAACACAAAGUUCCUCCCUCCGAAACCCACAAGCAGCUGCAGAAUGCAGUCAAAGACAACUUCAUCUUUUCUUACACUGCCAUUGGCAACAAAGGUUCCAAGACUGGGAUGGAACAGAAAGGAUACAAGAUUUCUGAUGAAAGUGAGCUGGUUGAUGAUGGCCACGACUGGUAUUGUUUCAAAUGCCAUGGUCCAGGAGAUGUUAUUAGCUGCAACAAAUGUUGGCGUGUUUUCCAUUUAAGUUGCUUUGAAGAAGAAGAAUCUUAUACUAAUGGUCACAAGCACAUAUGUUAUAUUUGCAAGGCUGGACACAAUCGGAUCCGAGGAAAUAUGCUAAACACUCUUCUGGGUUACACAGUGCAAAGGUUGAAAGAAAAGACCCGGGAGUUGCACAGAAUCGGACACAGGGACGAAGAGUUGAACUUCAAACGAUUUGUUUACAAACCAAUGGAUCUGAACACCAUGGAGCAAAUAGUACAGAGCCAGAAGUACCGUUGUGUGGAAGAGCUUGUUGCUGAUGCCCAUAACAUUGUGCAUAAUGUAUAUUUGGUAUACGGAGAGGAGCAUGGAAUGACGGAAUUAGCCCGGAUCAUGAUACGUGAUUGUAAAUAUGAUAUUGAUGAGAUUUGUCAGUGCUGGAAUUGUUACUACAUGUCAAACUCUAAACCUGCAAAUUGGUUUUGUAAGCCAUGUAAACCACACCAUGAACUUGUUUACGCAAAACUGAAAGGCUUUAGCUACUGGCCUGCCAAAGUCAUUCGGGUAACGGAAGAUAGUAAACAUGAUGUCCGCUUUUUUGGGGGCUACCAUCAAAGGGCUCUCAUCCCUCAAGACUACAUUAAACCCAUUAGUGUGAAUAUUAAGACAGUGACAUCCAAACGAACCCAAGGGUUUAUAAAAGCCUGCGAGGAGCUGAAGCUACAUCGCCAGUUGUUAGAAGAACAAGUUGAUGAAAGCAGCAACAAUGGAGACAGUGAGAUGGAAAACAAUAUGGAGGAAGAUGAUGAGGAAGAGGAGGAUGAGGAGGAAGAUGAUGAUGACGAUGAUGAUGAUGAAGAUGAAGAAGCAGACGAUGACACCGAGACUCGUGAGGUCACUUCAACUAGUGUGGCUCCCCCGAAAAAUACAUCCAAGCUGAAAACAAAGAUCCUGACACCAGAAAAUGUGAAUGUUGUCUCUUCAAGUGUAGAUAAAAUAUCAACAAGCCCCGCACCACGUUCUUCAAAGGUUGCCUAUAAGCAUACUGCUAGUCAAGCAACUCCAUCCACGGUUAAUAAGUUUGUACAGAGUGAUACCAGUAAGAAAAGUUGCAACUGUCAAGAUGAAUUGUCUAAUUUGUUAGAUGACUUCAAGAGAAAAACUGAAACUGAACACAAGAAAGAAAUUGAACAAACAGAGAAAAGAGUGUCUGACCGGCUCCAAAAGGAGUUUGAGAUUGAUAAGCAGCAGGCUGUUGCUAGAGCUGUGACAAAUAUGCAGAGAGAAAUUGACCGAGUUCGCCGCCAGACAACAGAGAAGAUCAAAGAACAAUAUAUGGAAGAGAUGAAAAAAUUGUCUAAAAAACAUAAGGAAUAUAUUUCCUAUGUAAAGAAAAAACAAUGGUGUUUCUUCUGUGGAGAGGAAGCUAUGUACCAUUGUUGCUGGAAUACGGCCUAUUGCAGCAAAACGUGCCAAAAGGACCACUGGCAAAAAGAACACAAAAACGAUUGUCGAAGGCCGCGGCCGAAACCCAACACUACACAGCAGCAGGAACAACAACAGAUCGACAGCGACAGCGACAGCAGCGACGGCAACAACGGGAAUCGUACUCAUGGUCAUGGAAGCAGCAACUUCAGUUUAAGCGGCAGCUCUGGCAGUAGAGACGGCAGCUGUAAAAGCGCCCUUUACUAUUAGACUUGUAACUUUGUGCUUAAGCAUUUAGAAAUGAAAUGACAACAACAAAUAAUAGAAACCUAUUCUCCAUUCCUCUCGCCCAUCAUGUCAGUAUUGAAAAAAACCAAUGCUCUUCAGAAUUUUGGUCUUUUAAUUGAGAUCGUGUGAACUCAAUAAUGAUGAUAAUGACAAAAAAAAAAGAUGAAAAAAAAAGAUGAAAAAAAAAGAUAAAAAAAAAACAGCAUAGUAAACAUUCAUUGAUGCCCAUCCUUGCUUUCAUUUCAUUGUCGUUAUAUAUUUUUGUUUUCUAAAAUUUUUAGAUAACUUUUCAUUGGUCUUUUAUCCUUCUCUCAGAAUUGAACGAUUUCAGUAUUGCAGAAUAACGAAAGAAUUUCUACAAAAUUAAAAAUGACAAAAAGAAUGAAAUUGCAUAAAAUACCAGAGAAAAACAUAACUGAAAGAACACCUAUAAAGACACACAAACACACAUACACACACAGACGAGAAUUUGUGAGUAUAUCCUCAUGUUUGUCUCUAUGUCUCUUUCCCUGUGUGUGUGUAUAUAUAUUUACUCUCGCUCACACACACACCAACACACACAUGUAUUUAAAAGAGUUAUUACAUAGUGUUAGGACAAUUAAAGGGAUGAUGUAAACUUAUGGUGAAUGUUUUUUUGUCAACAGUCCAUGUUGUUUUUCUAUGAAUUCAGUCCUUCUCUUUGUUGCAGGUGAUUGCACCGUUUUGUAAAUGAGAAAAACCCCUAUUUAGUUCUGUCCCAGUUUGCAUUAAUAUCAAUAUACCAGUCACCAUCCUACCAGUUGCUCUUCUCUCUCUGGUCAGGGAAAUCAGUCACCUGUCUCUGAUGAAGUGGUUGAUCCAAAACACUGAAACCAUGCAGGUAAAUGUCUCUUUUUACACCUGGCCACAGACAGAAAAUCCUAUGCUUUAACCACAGUGUGUGUGUGUGUGUGUGUGUGUGUGUGUGUGCGCACAUACCGAUAAUCCCUGUAUGGAGAGAGAGAGAGAGAGAGAGAGAGAGAAUCGUGUGUUUUUAUUGAUAUCUUUAUGUACCUAUAAAUCUCUUUCUCUCUCUUCAUACACACACACACACACACCACACGCAUCGACUGAGGUACAUACAUUCAUGUAAAUAUCUUCACAUUUGCAUGCUCAUUCAUAUAUAUACACAUCCAUCUCUAAACAAACAAACACUCAUUCAUCAAUCUCUUCAUUCAUCAAUCUCCUCAUUCAUCAAUCUCCUUACAAGCUCUUGUGGCCACACAUUUCAUUCGAUCUACUUAAAAGCACCCACAUGCAUACACACAUACACACAUGUGCACACAUACGCAUACAUAUGUAUAUAUAUAUAUAUAUAUAUAUAUAUAUAUAUAUAUAUAAGUGUAUACACACAACGAUAGUUUAGUCUUGAUACUGAAACCACACGAAUAGAGGUCCCACCCCUGGUGCAGUUUCCACCCAUACCACUCUUUGUGAAAGCACAUAACUUUAAAUAAUCUGUGACAAACAAUUAACCUACAAGGCAGAGCCCCAGCAUGGCCACAGUCUAUUAACUGCAACAAGUAGAAGCUAAAAGAUGCACACAUAUGCGUAGUAGAUGAAUUUUUACUUAACCCUGACUUAAAAUUUCAUCUGAAGAAUGCUUUUCUUUAAGCAUAAACAUUUAUGCUUUGGGAAAUCAGCAAUAUUUAUCAAGGACAGAGGCUCUCAACCCCUUUUUCUUUUUAACCUGUGGACCCUGUUUUGUUACUAUUUUUGACUCUAGUGGAUCCCCUCGUAGCCAUUCAGUAUUUUAUAGAUGCUUCUUUGAAAGUUCCUUUUUUUCUGUUUUUCACCCAUUCACUUGUAGAAGUUUGGUAAGAGCAACGUUUGAGAGCAGCCAGGAAUAUGUUAAACUCUGUAAAACGCUAGGAAAAGAAACCUGUUCCUUGCAAUAAAUACAUUAAAAGCAAGAUGUAUUCAUGGACCCUUAUUACUGUGGACCCCCGAUUUAAUAUUUUGCAUGUGUGAACCCCUAAAAAUCUUAAUAUGGACCCUGGUUGAGAACCAGUGAUCUAGGGUUUUAUAGAAAUCUAUUUAGCUCUGAGCAAGAAGAGAAAAAUCAGGACUGAUUUCAGCAAUGGCCAACUUGUGUUCAGGAUGUUGGUGAGUGAAGGAUUUGCCUUAGCUGGAGAGGAAUGGGGAGAUCUUGGUGUGUUGUCUGAAGAAUGUUGCCAUUCUAUGUGUGACUUACAAAUGGCUGAGUAAAUAUUUAAGGAUGAAAUGAAAGCCAAGGAUGGAUGUGUGAUGUUAGCAUGAGAGUCUGGAAGUGGGUGGUGAUGGUUGUAGCAGGGGAGGCAGAAUGGUUUGAGUUAUCUUGUUUCUGGCUUUGAAUAUUGAUUGAAUACUGAUAGAUUAAUCUGAUUCCUUCUCUCCAUCUUUAGACAGGCAUGAAGAUUGAAAAUGUUAGCAGAAAGAGGAAAGUGAACUAGUAAGAAACCCUGCCUUUCUUCAAUGUAUUAACACCAUAAAUAGAUUUAGUCGGAUAUCAAAACUGGAUCACAGGCUCAUAUCAGUAAAAGUAGAACUUGACGGGGCUUACACACAUACAUCUCUUGAAUAAUCUUUUAUUUUUUAUAUUAGCAAUAAUGAUAAUCCUCACUGGUCCAUUUGGUUGUUGGAACAUCACUAAAAACCGAACCCUCCAACUUCUAUUUACUACAGGUAUUGAACUCAACACUUCAAACUAACAAUGGCUCUAUUGUGUACAAUGACAUGGUUUUAUCCUGUUGUGGUUCAUUAUUUCCAGAUAAGAACUGACACAUUGAAAGUUUAGUGUCUUGUCUUCAAUAUUGACAAUAUUUAUGAUAGAAUAACCACCAGCAAAGCCUUCAGAUGGUUGCUUGGAACUCAAGCAACUCAGAAGUAACUUUACAUACACACACACACGUGCACACACUUUGUGGGUUAACAUGGCUACCAAUGGUUUCGUGUAAAGGAGGAUCCAAAAUGGAGUUGAGUACCAACAUCUCCAUGUGGCAGGCUUAAAAAUUGUUAAGAGAUAUUUCUCUUUACAUGAAACCAUUGGUUGCCUUGUUAACUGACAAAGAAUAUUUAUCUACCAACGUUGAGCACUCAUUCUCACUGCUUGAUAUUAGCUAAUAGACACACACACACACUCACACAUAUAUAUGAGAGAGAGAGAGAGAGAGAGUGCAUGCCAGUCUUUAAUGUAUACCCAACUCCUUCAUAAUCCUCCUAACAUUGAAAGCUAUAGGGAAAAGAAAACCCUUCGUUAAAACCUCCAGCACACAUUAUUUUUGUCAUUAACUAGAAUGUGGUCAUGCAAGUAUUUUUAUAUAUAAACACAUUAACUUAUAGACUUCAAGACACAUUUCUAUGAAGGCACCAAUUUGUGUGUGUGUGUUUGUAAACUGUCCGGUACGUAUAUGCUGCGUUUAAUACAUCCAGGUCUUUAUAUUUUAUAUCUACAUAAAAAACAUAAUUUUUUUUUGUUUCUGAUGAAGGCCUUUCUUUGAAAUGUCGGGGUUGUUGUCUCUCCACACAGACACGCACGUAUGCACGCCAUAAGCUCUAUGUAAUCAGAUCAAUAACAGUUUAGGAUUGUUACAGGGUGCACACACUACAACACACAGUUUAGAUAUAAUAAUAAUAAUAAUAAUAAUAAUAAUGACAAUAAUAAUGGUUUCUGAUUUAAGCACAAGGCCAGUAGCAAGUUUGAGGAGAGGGGUUUAGUCUGUAUCAUUGACUCCCGUAUUAGAUUGAUAUUAUAUCUUAUUGACUCUGAAAAGAUGAAAAGCAAAGCCGACCUUGGUAGGACUUGAACUCAAGAUAUAAAGAACGAAAAGAAGUUCUGCAAAGCAGGUUUUUCCGACUUUCUAGUAAUUCUGUUCGUUCACAUCCUUCCUCCAAUAAUAAUAAUAAUAUGUAAAUUCUUCAAGGUGGCAAACUGGCAGAACCGUUAGCAUGCCGGGCAAAAUGCUUAGCAGUAUUUUGUCUGCCUCUACGUUCUGAGUUCAAAUUCUGCCGAGGUUGACUUUGCCUGUCAUCCUUUUUCGGGGUUGAUUAAAUAAGUACCAGUUACACACUGGGGUCGAUGUAAUCAACUUAAUCCCUUUGUUUGUCCCCUCUAUGUUUAGCCCCCUGUGGGCAAUAAAGAAAUAUAAAAAAAUGUAAAUUCUUCUUCUUCUAAAUGCAACCUUACUCAUUCUGUGAUUUUUCUCCCACAGACAUCAGUGUUUUCAAUUGCAUGACCCCCUUCACCUGUUGGCAUCUUCAGAUGCAAAACCUUGUUGUCCCUUGACGUCUGUGGUUGAGAUCUGGGUGCAACUCCUAUAAAUUAAAGCAAAACCAAAACAUAGCAUAAUAAUAAUAAUAAUAAUAAUAAUAGUAGUAAUAAUAAUAGUCAUAAUAAUAAUAAUAAUAAUAAUAAUGUCUGCUAGAGGCACAUGGUCCCAAAUUUAGAGGAAAGGAUGUAUAAUUGAUUAAAGGAAGCUCAAUAUCUGAUGACCUUGCAAGUAUGAAAAUCUAGUUGAAGCUGAUUAGAUUUGAACUUAGAAUGUUGAGAGAUGGAACUAAAUACCAAAAGUUAUUUAAUCCAUCAGUCUACUGUUUGUCUCCAUCAACUGAUUUGAUGAGGAUGUAGUGAAGGUGCUAUUGGGAUAUGAUGAUGAUGAUGAUGAUAAUGGCAAUAACAAAUGCAUGUGUUUUUGUUUUGUCUGAUUUUCUGUCCAUCCAUUCUCCAUAUCAAGUUUGACAGUGUACUGUUUGGUGUUCUGAGACAAGUGGUGGUGUCUUGCUCCCCUGGAUAGAAUGCCAGUCUAUCAGUGGAUUGAAGCUCACCUCCACAGUUUAAUGAACCAGCUGGCACUUUUCACUGAUGUGACUGUGCCACUCCAUGCUCACCGAUAUCUACAGCUUUUCAAUGGAUAGAUUUAAAGUGUGUCCCUGAUGUGAACCAACAGCAGUAUACUGACGAUGGAAUAAGUAAACUGUUCACUCCCCUCCCCCCCACCGCCUCCUGUAACUUUCUGAUUCCGUAGUGUUAUAUAAUUCCUUGUAAAUAUGUUGGUUUAAUAACAUUAUGCUAUGGCGGUGAUUGUGUUGUUCUCCCCUAAUAUGGGGGAUGGAGGUUACAUGUCCUUUUCUAUUCCUCUCUACCAUGCAACAUGUUACAUAAAACCAUCAACUUAUUAAUUUCAGGAUCUCUUGUCCAUGGCACCCUGGAUUGAUUUCUCUUAAGAUGAAUUCAAUUCAUCUUUGCAAGCUAAGAAGAAGACACUAUUUAUUAAGUAUUCAUUUUAAUUAGUUAAUUGAUUAAUUAUAUGUUGUUCUCAUGACUUAUCCUGUUUUGUGCCUGUUUACAACAAAGUGAAUAUAACCAGUGACAGUCUAAAGAUUUAAUCUUGGCUGCCAGCAUAAUACGACUGGUGAAAUAAUCCAGGCUGUAUUAACUCUUUUAGCUGAUAUUUCCCUCUGGAUUAAGGAAACCAGCUGAGAGUGAGAAUUAUUUCGUCUGUUAAUCUAAUAGUUUAUCAAUAAGAACAUCAACUGAGCAAGGAGUGAGUGUGUGUGUGUCACAGCUGAGUCUAUUAAGAGUAAAAAAUAAAGUAAAGACUCCCUUUGAUCAUGAAUGGCCAUGGGAUUGCACCUAGAAGGUUCCCCUCCGAGGCACAAGUCUGGCCAAGGUUGUUUAUGGAAGACCAACAGUUGUCCAUGCAUACUAGCCUCCCCCUCUCCAUGCCACUGAUGUUAUCCAAGAGAAAGAUGGAUACAGCUUGGCACCAUUGAUGUCGUAACUCAUUUUUACAGCUGAGUGAACUGGAGCAAUGUGAAAUAAAGUGUCUUGCUCAAGAACACAACAUGCAGUCUGGUCUGGGAAUUGAACUCUCUACCUCGUGAUUGUGAGCUGUGUCUAUUAACUCCUUGAAAAAUCAUUUAGUUUUGUUAUGAAGAAAACAGGCAGAAAAUAGAUUGAGAAGACUACCUUGUCAAAAUUGCAACAUUCGAUCCGUUUCCAUCCUCCAUUGCCAAAUAUGUCUGAUACGGUCUUGCAAGGGUCUGAUGUAGAGUUGAGUGUAAGCUUUUAGCAGGUCAAACCUAGAUAUACAGAAAAUACUCUGCUACAGGUGUUGGAGCAAAUAAAGACUGGAGAUCCAAGUUCUGUCUUGUUUAAAAUAUUGUCUGGAUUUUUGCUUCCUUACCUGAGAUUUAUAAAAUAAAUAUCAGAUGUAUAUUCAGCUUAUGUUGAAUUGACUCUAUACUCCCUGUCUUUGUUGAGGAUUUCAGCCCCUUGUAUGUGUGUGUGGUGGAGUAAUUAUCAUUGUCAUCAUCAAUACAUGGUUUCCAAAUGUGUUUUUCCCCUUUUUUUAACUCUAGCUGUUGUUGUUUAGUUCUGAUUGAGCAGACUUAUUAUCCAAGACAUUCCAUCCAUAACCAUCAUGCCUUUUCUCUAGGUGCAGUGCACUCUGGACCCUAUUUUCUAACUUGUUCUUUUCUAAGAUGGUAGAGUAUGAUUUAGCUGCUAUGUCGAGCUAGUGAGGCAAACACACUGAAACAACCUUUAAUGGUCUUCUAACAUUGACUUGAUAACUAAAUGCUUGUUAGGACGAAGGAACAAAUCUACAAGUUUAAGUAUUUCUAACAGCAAGGCUGUUAAUUGGUCAUAAAUGGUAAAGGGGCAGGUGGAAGGAAGCAAUUAGUUUUAACUCAGGUAGAAAUACCUUGUGGGAUCAGUUUUGUCUUUCUCUCUCAUUUAAGAUUGAUAAAAUAAAGUAGCAGUUAUGUACUGGGUUCAAGGAAUCAACUAGCUCUCUCCUCUUAAAAUUGCUGGCCUUUUUGCUUAAAUAGAAACCAUUAUUAUUAUUAUUAAAGUGGUGAACUGGCAGUCUCAUUAGCACACUGGACGAAAUGCUUAGCAUAAUUUCGUCUGUCUUCACGUUCUGAGUUCAAAUUCCACCAAAGUUGACUUUCUUUCAUCCUCUUGGGGUUUAUAAACUAGGUAACAGUUGAGUAUCGGGGUUGAUGUAAUCGACUAGUACCCCCCCCCCGUCCCCCCAAAUAUUAGACUUUGUGCCUAAAGUAGAAAGGAUUAUUAUUAUUAAUGCAGGGUCUGGAUAAACUCUUGAGUACUUUAAUCUAAGUACUUUAAUAGUUAUCAGUCUUUCCUUGAGGCUUACAAUUCUUAGAGAUUUUAAAAUCGUUCUGGGAACCCUGACCCCCCAAGAUCCGAUCCUAAAACAUUCAAAAUUACUUCCAACACUGGCUGUUUUCACUUUUAGCGAAGUAAUUUUGAGAAUCCCAGUAUUUUCAAGAGAAUUAAACAUCAAUCUCCAAACGAUAGGCAGUUUGAAGAAUUGUCUGUCACACCUUUUGCAGGUGUAUGGUACCUUACUUUAGAAAUUUUGCUUUAUCAGUUUUACAUUCAAAUCCAUCAACAUGAAUUUGGUGUUCCUCUGGGAAGUGAAGAGUGACCAUGUUUCUAGACUGCAACAAUGUAACUCAAUGGCAUUCAUUUAGGCACCUCACCCAUCUGCUCUACAAGUAUUGAUUGGCCUUGUGAGAACAAACCCUUGUUAGGCCUUCUCCCUUUGGUACAAAUCAUUGUCAUUGGAUGCCCUCGGUACUGAGCUUUGAAAGUUUAACUCUGAUUUCAUUUCAUUCUUUCUCUCUCUCUCUCUCUAAUACAUACAUUUUAUAUAAAUAUAUAUAUAUAAUGUAUGUAAGCUUUAUAUAUAAGCUUUAAUUCAGUCCUUUUCAUUUCUGAACAUCCAAUCCUGAAGACAGCAGUAAAAAAUGGUGAGGAUUUUACUCUGAAGUUUGACUUGAGGUGAGGAAACGCUUCAUUUAAUAUUGGAGGGGGAGACCACCGUGCCGCCUCACCAUAGUAUCACCUCUCUCUCUCUCUCUCUCGUGCACACUCACACUUCUAUAUAGUAGCAAUUUAUAUCCUUGAAUAUGUAUCUAACAGAGCAAAAUUGUUAAAAUUUGGGUGAAGGGGGAUACAGCUAAAAUAUUAUCAUUAAUAAUAAUAUUAUAUAAAGUUUUCUUGAUUUUUACUUGUUUUUGAUAAAAUUUUGUUUGAGAAAGAAAUAGACUUUUUUUUUUUUCAUUAAAAUAUAUUUUCUUUUAUUCAUGGAAGGGUAUGUCAUUUUUUUCUUUUUGUUUGAUACCUUUUUUUUUUCCCAUUAAAAUGUAUUACAAAUGCCUAAA